UCUCAAUGGUGGUGAUAAAGUUGAUAUUCUCUUUACUCCACUGCAACAAGCUUUAUGUUUAACGACGGGGCAGCUCAGUGUUUAAAAAAUGUGGGGGUCUCUGUCAUUGCAACUACAACUGAGUUUAUCAUUUGCUCAGCGGGGGAAAACGCAGGAGCAAGGCCUGGAAGAACAGUUUUCCAGCUGCAGUACUUAUAGAUUUUCAGUGGAAUAAUCAUAUUUAGUUACAUUUUAUUGCAAAAUGGAGUGCUUUGUUCUGCCCAACUUCAAGUGUCUCCAGAGCCGGCCAUUAUCUUCCUCUUCUGUCGCUUUUGGUAGGCAUUGCAUUUUGAAGCCUCCGAUGGUCCCCAAAAUAAAAUAUUGCUGUUAUUUGCCAUCUUUUGGAAGUAGGGUUUAUGCCAGCAAAACAUAUAAUUUUAGCGCAGCUUAUUCAAAGAGCAACCAAGAAGGAGUAGGAAAAAAAUGGAGCACUGGCAAAAAUCCGUCGCAGAAAGCAGAGGAUUUGUUCUCAGUAAACUCAUCGAGCCCUUUCAAUGUGGAUUAUUUAGGCGAAAGCACCAAGGGAGACAUGAACCUCACGCAAGCCGAUCGUCUUGAGACAGAGUCUGGAGGGGUGGUCGUAUUAGUCAUUGGAGGGGGAGGUCGAGAGCAUGCACUUUGCUAUGCAUUGCAACGGUCACCUUCUUGUGAUGCAGUGUUUUGUGCGCCUGGAAAUGCUGGCAUAGCUGAUUCAGGAGAUGCGACUUGCAUAUCAGAUUUGGACAUUCUUAAUGCUUCAGCAGUUAUAUCAUUUUGUCAAGAGUGGGGAGUUGGAUUGGUUGUAGUAGGUCCAGAAGCACCUUUGGUUGCUGGACUUGUCAAUGCUCUUGAUAAAGUAGGUAUCCCUACUUUUGGUCCUUCUUCACAAGCAGCAGCUUUGGAGGGGUCAAAGGAUUUUAUGAAGAAGCUGUGUGACAAGUAUUCCAUUCCUACAGCCAAGUACAAAACUUUUACAGAUCCUUCAGAAGCAAAAAAAUAUAUACACCAAGAAGGGGCCCCAAUUGUUGUUAAAGUCGAUGGUUUGGCUGCUGGGAAGGGGGUAGUUGUUGCUGAGACUCUUGAAGAAGCAUAUGAUGCAGUUGAUACCAUGCUUGUAAAAAAACAUUUUGGGUCAGCAGGUUGCCAAAUUAUUGUUGAGGAGUUUCUUGAGGGUGAGGAAGUUUCAUUUUUUGCUCUUGUUGAUGGUAAAGAUGCUCUUCCUCUAGCUUCUGCACAGGACCAUAAACGUGUUGGUGAUGGAGAUACAGGUCCAAAUACAGGAGGAAUGGGGGCAUAUUCUCCAGCUCCUGUUUUGACAAAGGAACUUGAGUCAGUGGUGAUGAAAUCUAUUAUUCUUCCCACUGUUAAGGGAAUGGAUGCAGAAGGUUGUAAGUUUAUUGGAGUACUCUAUGCUGGGCUUAUUAUUGACUCCAAAUCUGGGUUGCCAAAGCUGCUAGAGUACAAUGUUAGAUUUGGGGAUCCUGAAUGUCAGGUUUUAAUGGUUCGCUUGGAAUCAGAUUUGGUUAAGAUUCUACUUGCAGCUUGCAAGGGGCAAUUGAGAGGUGUAACAUUGGAUUGGGCAGAAGAAUCUGCUUUGGUGGUUGUCCUUGCAAGUAAAGGAUACCCGGGGAACUAUACAAAGGGCACUAUUAUUAAGAACCUUGAGGAGGCUGAGCUCUCAGCCCCACAAGUUAAAAUUUUUCAUGCAGGAACUACAUUGGACUCAGAUGGGAAUCUGAUUGCUGUGGGAGGACGUGUGCUGGGUGUCACGGCCAUGGGUAGUGAUAUUGCAGAGGCUCAAGAAAGGGCAUAUCAAGCAAUUGAUGAAAUUAUUUGGCCUGAAGGGUUCUGUCGCAGGGAUAUUGGUUGGAGAGCUAUUUCUCGAUUGCCAUUAGUGAGAUAAAAGAUUUUUUAAUGUUAGUUAUAAUUUAUAUAAUAGCCUUUGCAGUUUCCUGAAGGUAGAGCGAAAUUGGUUUCUUUUUCUUUAAGCCUGAUAACACACCAUGCUGAGUUUCCUUUUUUAGCAAUGUAUCAGAAAGCUUUAUGAAUUUGAUUAAGGCUAGAUUUGAUUGCGCCUAUAAAA